AUGACCAGUCUAUCGACCAAACUAGCCGAUCUGGAAGCGGCAGGGAAGCCAAUCCAGGUCGGCAUCAUUGGAGCUGGCAAAUUCGGUUCCAUGUUCAUUGCCCAGUCCCACCGCACGGUAGGCAUGAGACUGGCGGGCAUUGCGGAUCUCUCGUCGGACCGUGCCUUUGCCUCUCUCAAAAGGACCAACUUCCCGACCGAUAAAUACGACACGACGGUUAAUGCAUCGAUAUCAGAGGGCGUCAAGGCCGGGAAGACGGUUGUCACAACCGACUCGGCCGCUCUCAUUGCUACGCCCGAGAUUGAUGUCAUUCUUGAAGUCACUGGAAAUCCAGCGGCCGGUAUUAGACAUGCACUCUUGUGCUGUGAGCACAAGAAGCACAUUGUCAUGAUCAAUGUCGAGGCAGAUGUACUAGCAGGACCUCUUCUGGCAAGAAAAGCGAAAGAAGCAGGUAUCAUCUACAGUAUGGCAUAUGGCGACCAGCCAGCCCUCAUUGCAGAGAUGGUAGACUGGGCAAGAACGGCAGGAUUCGACGUCGUUUGCGCUGGAAAGGGAACCAAGCAUCUACCACAAUACCAUUACUCCAAUCCAGAUACGGUUUGGGACUAUUAUGGCUUCACCAAAGAACAAUUGGAGUCGGGUGAUUUUAACCCUCAAAUGUUCAACUCGUUCCUCGACGGAACCAAGUCUGCUCUGGAAAUGGCAGCCGUAGCCAAUGGCUGCGACCUGAGUCCGCCGUCCGAAGGCCUACAGUUCCCGCCCUGUGGUAAAUGGGACCUGCCCGAGGUGCUCAAGCCCGAGGCAGACGGCGGGCAGCUCAAGAAGAAGGGCACGGUCGAGGUGGUAUCGUGCAUGGAAAAGGACGGGCGGUGGGUGUUUAAUGACCUUCGUUGGGGAGUUUACGUCAUCAUUGAGGCGGCCUCGCAGUACCAAAUGGACUGUUUCAAGCAGUACGGCCUCAAGACUGACAGCACGGGCAAGUACGCCGCCCAGUACAAGCCCUACCACCUCAUUGGCCUCGAGCUCGGCGUUUCCAUCGCCACCAUCAUGUGCCGCGGCGAGCCCACGGGCCAGACCAAGACCUGGGCUGGCGACGUCGUGGCCACGGCCAAGCGCGACCUCAAGGCGGGGGAGACGCUCGAUGGCGAGGGCGGCUUCACCGUCUACGGAAAGCUCAUGACCGCCGAGGACUCCAUGGCCAUUUCGGGCCUGCCGAUUGGUCUUGCGCACGGGUUUGUCUUGAAGAAGGACAUCACGAAAGAUCAAGGACUGAGUUGGGAUGAUGUCGAGUAUAGUGACAAGUCGCAAGCUGUCGCCGUCCGAAAAGAGAUGGAGGCCAUUUUCAAGAAGGAGUUCUCGCUAAAGUCCAGCAAGUCCAACGGCGUCAAUGGUGUACAUUGA